CUCAAACAACGCUCCAAACAAAUCCUUCUCUUUCCUUUCUCUCCCCUCUCUCUCUCCACUUUCUUCCUUCCCUCCCUCCCCUGUCUCUAGAAGCCUCCUUACCUCAAAAAAGCCAUGGUGAGUGAGUCGAGGAAGAAUGGCGCGGCGGCGGAGACUGUCAAGUUCCUCUGUAGCUACGGCGGGAAGAUAGCUCCUCGUUACGGCGACGGCAAGCUCCGCUACGUCGGCGGUCUCACCAGAGUCCUCGCCGUGCAUCGCUCCGUGUCUUCCGCUGAGCUGAUGGUCAAGCUGGGGGAAUUCUGUGGCCAGUCCGUGGAAUUGAGGUGCCAAUUGCCCGGCGGAGAUCUGGAGACUCUGGUCCUGAUCAAGUCCGACGAGGAACUGGCGAGCCUCGUCGAGGAGUACGACAGGUGCUGUCCCGGUGCCAAGAUUAGGGCGGUCCUAUCGCCGCCGAAAUCGCUCAAAACCGUCUCUCCGCCUCCGUCGUCGCCGCCGUCGAGUGGGGAUUCGUCUCCUCUCGCACCGGACUACUACUACUACCGCCAAUCGCGUUGCGGCUGCCACACUCCGCCGAUUGGUUUCCGCACCGGCGGAGUUCGUGGAAAUUACAGUCCCCGCUUUGCAAUCGGACAACGCAGAAUCAUACCCGCUGCGGCAGGGUUCGGCAUUAGAACGAGAACUUGAUGAUUGGACUUGGAAUGAAACAAAAUUAGUCGAAUUAGGUUAUACAAGUUUGGAUACGAUGAGAUGAUGAUGAUGACGAAAUUUGUGAAAGUUUGGAUUCGUCUGUGUGUCGUGUGAUUGAUUCGUCUGUCGAACAUUCAGAAAUUUUCCAUUUCUUAUCAUCGCCGGUUUCGUCGAAAUCUCGACUUCCGGUACCUUGACACGACGGCGAAUUUGGUACUACCGUUAGGUUUCCGUCGCCGCCGCAGCAGCUGACAGGCUGCCCGUUCCCGUUGUGUGGUAAGCGUCAUUCACGUUUGUGGUGACGGGUCCCGCUGUUUCCAGGGGCAUGGCGGAGGUGCCGUGCUUUUUGGCGGUUUCUGAGCGUUUGACACGUAUGGGAUGGAACGCUGCGUCCAUUCCUUCUCUUGACACGUAUCGAGCGCCCGUGUCGACUAUUCUUUCAUUUGUUGGCCGUUUGAUUUUUAUUUUUAUUUAUGUGGAUUCUUUAAUUCGUUUUUUUUUUUGGUGGAUUCUUUAAUUCGUUGAUUAUUCGUAACGUUUUAAACUCUUUUUUGACAAAAUAUGAUUGCAGGUGAGUGGAAGGUGGAAGAGGCCAGCUAAUGCGGAGGAAUCAGAAUCAAAGUGCGUAAUCAUGGUCUAGUUGCGGAGAAGGCUUCAAUUUCAAUAUUUAAGUCGCCUGAUGGCUGGCUGGACUGGUUCACAAAAUAUUAAUUACUAAAAGUGACGAGGAUAUCAAAUUCUGGAAACUGGUGACUUGGUCUCCUUGGACUUUAUCAUUGAACGUUCAACAUUUGACAAAUUGAAUUAAAAUAUUGUACUCUAAUUGAACUAAUAGUUACAACUUACAUCUAUUUUGUAGUAUUUUAGCAAACUACAACUAUUGAAUAUUAUCUUUUGUUAAAUUGAUUUUGGAAUUUGGAGUUUAUUUAGUAGAGGUUAGAGUAUUAUAUUGUAUUAUAAACUCGAUUUAUUUCAUGGUUGAGAUACUUGUACCUUAUUAUUAAGUAUCAUAUGUUUGUC